AUGAAUUGAUUUUUGUCACAACCAAACAUACACUAAGAUGUCACUCGCAAAGGAUCUUUGAUUUACACCCAGCAUCCAUUCCAUACCUACGAUCAUCAUCAUCAUCAUCACGUGUUUCAGGCUUUUUUGAAUUCUCUUAGAAAUGAAAAGGUCCAAAGAUAAUGAUGUUGCUGACAUUGAUUCACAACCCAAACGCCCCACCCUAUCUACCACACAAGAAUCGAAUUUGUUUGUCGAACUGAGUACCGAGAAGGCCAAAGAUUUGCAAGGUGAUCAUGAUCUCAUUGCCAAAAAUCUUGAUCCAGAAUUUAACAAAGGUUUGAUGAGUGCAGAGGUGUCUGAUGGACGAAACAGUGACAUGACCAUUCAUAAGAAAGGUAAUCGCGACCUCAUUGUCGAACAUCCUGAUCCAGAAAUUGACAAAGGUUCGAUGAGUGCAAAUGAGAAGCGUGACGAAAAAAAGGAGUGUCAUACAGUUAUGUCGAGUGAAGCGUUUUCUUACCUGAACAAAGUCACAGAGAGGUUAGGAAUACUCGAGGAUUACCAAAAAUUUGAGAAGUCCCUACAUAGCUACAGAAUGGGAACAAUUACAAGAGAAGAACUACAAAAAAUGGUAGGCGAUUUGUUGGGAAAACACUCCGAUCUUGUGGAGGGAUUUAACGAGUUUUUGACACAAUGCGAAUCCAACGAAGGAUUAUUUGGUCAUGUCUUAAAUAAAAUUAUGUUCAGAGAAGAGCAUGUCUUCCUUGAAAAAGUCAAAGAGAAAUUUAGCAAUCCUGAAAUUUAUCAGGAUUUUUUGAAGUGCCUACAUAUCUAUGCCAGAGAAUUAAUUACCCGAGGAGAAUUACAACUAUUGGUGUAUGAUUUAUUUGGAAAAUAUACCGAUCUUAUGGUCGAAUUUAACGAUUUCAUGGCACAAAGUGAAAAGAAGAAUGCCAAACUUGUUAAAGCUUUGAAGGGUCGUCAAAUACAUGCUUCUGUGUCUCUUAAUCAAUCUUGAUGACUUCUAUUACUUGAUUGUCCAAGCCAUCUUCUCAUUAUACUUUUGUGUUGCUUCCUGCUUGAGAUUAUUAAACAUGUUUUUAACCAUAUACUUAAGGAAGUUAUUCUGUAGUAGUAUGUAUUUAGAAGAUUUCUUUUGUUAUCGAAAAGUUUAUUGUCAUUAAAACCAAUGACUAGGAAGAUUGGUGCCAUAAAAGAGUAUAUUAUGAUGGCAUAAAAGAUUAUAUUUUACA